AGAAGGAACAGCUCAGAGGGUUCAAUCCAUUACCCAAAAUCUGUGCAGAGCUUCAUCAUCCUCGCCAGUCAGCACUCACCACCACAUCCAUAAUUCCCCUUCUUUUUUACUUGUGCCCUAAUAUCUUUUCUUUUCCAAAUUCAACCACAAGUUUCGUUUCUCUUUUUCUCACAUUCCCGAGAAAAAGUGGAGAAAAUGUUGAGAAUGUGAGAUUCGGUUCAAAUGUAACAUUAUUAUUGUAAUUCUUCUGGCUGCACAUUUUUCUCUUUUUGUAAUGAACGUUUUCUCUUUCCCUUUCUCUUCAUCUGAUUCAUCAUUCCUCUUGUGGUUCACGUUGUUCUUCGUCAGCAUACAAACCACAAUCUUCAAGAUUUGAUUUUUCCAUCUAUGCAUGCUGCAAAACCGAAAAUUUCCUCGAACCCAUUUCGAAUGUGGAUCUUAAUUUCACGCGGCACCCCACAUUGAUCGGAAUUUCUGCUUGCUUCGGCGACCGAGAUCUAGGGUUUCUGAUUCCCUUUUUCCCGGCACGCGUUGGAAUUAACAUUCUCUGGUUCGAUUGAUUCCGAUUCUUCCUUCAUGGAUUCGAUCUAAAAGCUUUGGAAUUCGUUGAUUUCUGCUUCUGGGUCAUAAUGCUCAAGCAAUUCCUCAGCAAGCUUCCUCGGAAGUCGUUGAACCCCGACUCGGACGAGUCGCCCCGAGGCAACUCGUCGCGUUCUACCGCUUCGCCACGUAGAAGCCAACGACCGAACGGUGGCGGUUCUUCCGCCGCCCGAGCCAACGCAGCAAAACGAGCUUCCUCGUCGGCGGUUUUUCCGGCGAGUAUGGUGUCUGGAAUCGAACCUUUGGUGCCGUUUAAGGAUGUUCCUAAUGCUGAGAAGAUGAACCUGUUUGUGAGUAAGUUGAGCCUUUGUUGUGUUACGUUUGAUUUCACUGACCCUGGUAAGAACGUUGCGGAUAAAGAUGUGAAAAGGAAAACUUUGGUUGAACUUGUUGAUUUUGUGGCUUGUGGGUCAAUGAGAUUUAGUGAGCCUGCUAUCCUUGCUAUGUGUAGAAUGUGUGCUAUUAAUCUGUUUAGAGUUUUUCCACCUAAUUAUAGGGCUAAUGGGGGUGGUGCUGGUGGUGGUGAGAAUGAUGAUGAUGGGCCAAUGUUUGAUCCUGCUUGGCCACAUUUACAAAUUGUGUAUGAAUUGCUGCUUAAAUUUAUCUCUUCUUCAUGCCUCGAUGCUAAGGUAGCAAAAAAGUAUAUCGAUCAUUCGUUUGUUUCCAGAUUGCUUGAAUUGUUUGAUUCAGAGGAUCCUAGAGAAAGAGACUGCUUGAAGACGAUUCUGCAUAGGAUUUAUGGGAAGUUUAUGGUGCAUAGACCUUAUAUUCGAAAAUCUAUUAACAAUAUAUUUUAUCGAUUUGUGUCUGAGUCUGAGAAACACAAUGGGAUUGCUGAGUUGUUGGAGAUUUUUGGGAGUGUGAUUAGUGGGUUUGCUUUACCCUUGAAAGAGGAACACAAAAUCUUCUUGUGGAGAGUUUUGAUCCCCUUGCACAAGCCGAAAUCUAUGGGGGUCUACUUUCAGCAAUUGUCCUACUGUGUUACACAGUUUAUAGAGAAGGAGCCAAAGUUAGCAAGCAUUGUGAUAAGGGGUUUGUUGAGAUAUUGGCCAGUAACAAAUAGUCAGAAAGAGGUGAUGUUUCUGGGUGAACUUGAAGAAAUUUUGGAAGCAAUUAACAUGGUAGAGUUCCAAAGGGUCAUGGUCCCAUUGUUUUGGCGGAUUGGGUGCUGCAUUAAUAGCUUACACUUUCAGGUAGCUGAAAGGGCCCUUUUCUUAUGGAACAAUGACCACAUUGUCAACUUGAUUGCUCAUAACCGUCAAGUGAUCCUGCCCAUCAUAUUUCCAGCAUUAGAGAAGAAUGUUAAAAGCCACUGGAACCCGGCAGUUGUCAACUUAACACACAGUAUAAGAAAGAUGUUCUUGGAGAUGGAUGAGAAGCUCUUCCUUUCUUGUCAUUCUCACUUUAAGGAGGAAGAAGCAAUUUUAAGCUCAGCAGCUGAGAAAAGAAAGGAGGCAUGGAAACAACUCGAGCAUGCAGCCAGUCUAAAGCCUGUAAUUGGAAACACUGCUGUUUUAGUGUCUCCUUUGAUGACCUGAAUUGCAUGCUGGGUUCCCAAUCAAGAAAUGUGGAAUGGCUGUUAUAGGGAGUGGCACUUUGUUUUUUGGAUCCAAUGUUGUAAUAGUGCUUCUGGCAGCCAGAUGUUGUAACACGGUUUAGAUUGCUACUGUGUGGUAACACUAUUUGCCUCAUGAUUAGUGCUGAGAAGGACCAUGCAGUGGAUCAAACGAUUUUCUGUAUAAGCUUAUUUAAAAAAA